AUGGGGUUUCUCCUCCUGGUUUCUUUCGUGGAGUGGAAGAAAAGAAACAGAGAGGCGUGGAGAGGGAGGCGUGGUCCAGCGCGAGGAGAUAAGGAGGGGCAGGUGAGAGCCAGGCUGGUGGAGGUGGUGCGCUGUGACGUCGACCGCGUGAAGCUCACGCUCGCUGCGUGUGUGCUUGGGGAAAAAGACGAAGAGAGGAGCGUCUCCGCUUGCGAACGGAGGAAAACAAACAUGCCGUGGCGCGACUUGAUCGUGCCAUCCCACCACUGGAAUAAAGAUCUUUAUGGGUACUUAUUGGGGACUGUCAAAGAACCAGGAGACAAGACUAGUGCUGAGGGAAAGAAGUGGAAAACCAUCAACUAUCUGCUUAUUGGGUGGCUGUUGAACUCGGUGGUGCCCUCCAUUGGGCGUUCCGUGGAGGGGCUGUCCACAGCUGCUGAGAUAUGGAAGACCUUGUCCACCCAGUACUCUAGUAAAGGCAAUGUUAUGCUCAUUACUCAGAUUGAUGGGAAGAUUCGCCAUCUCCACCAGGGGGACAUGACAGCGAUGGCAUAUGUGGCAGAACUGCAAGCCUUAUGGGCUGAUCAGGAUAACUGUGACCCUCUCGAACUCUAUGAUGCAGCCUCCAUCGAGUCAGGGCACAAGUGGAUAGCACGCAGGCGUGUGCUUAAAUUUUUGGAGGGGCUAAAUAAGUGCUUUGAUGGCAGAAAGGCAUCUCUGCUGCACCACAGCUCCUUGCCCACUCUUGACGAGGCCAUUGCAGCAAUGGCUCAAGAGGAGGUGUGGCUCUCUCUAGAACAAGCAGAUGAGAAAGUUGUGUCAACUCCAACGUUUGCCGUGACCGAGCGCAGAGAGUGGAAAGAGACUAGGGACUGCUUCAUUUGUGGGGAGACUGGUCACCUGAAGUGGUACUGCCCAACUCGUGGUAGAGGCAGGGGAUAUAACAGAGGGGAAAGUAGCAGGAUGGCAGGAGGCAGAGGUGGAUACUCAGGACGUCAAACUGCUAGAGGUAGAGGAGGACACACCGGAAACUCUGGUGGUCAGAGUGCACACAUGGCGACUGAAGUGGACAAUGGGACGUCAAAGGAUGCAGAAGUGGACGGUGCUACCUAUGGAAACUUUGCUAACUUGGUCUCCACGGAUGAAGGUAAUUCUGAAAAUGCAUCUCUUGCUACUAAUGAGAAUGAUACAGAAUGGAUUCUAGACUCUGGCGCAUCUAAGCAUGUUGCGGGUAAAUUCGGUAUGUUUGAGUCUUACAUUAAGCAUCCUCCUACUCACAAAGGCACCAUUCAAACUGAUGAUGGUACAAGACAACCUGUUGUUGGAGAGGGCACAAUAAAGUGCACUUCAAACAUAUCUUUGUCAUCUGUUUUACACGUCCCUGCAUUUCCUGUUAAUUUGCUCUCUCUGAGUGCUCUCAUUGAUGACAUAGACUGUAGUGUGACUCUUAACAAGUUUGAUGUCGUGAUUCAGGAGCGGGAGAUGAGGCAGAUGGUUGGGACUGGCACCAGGCGUAAGGGGCUCUGGUAUGUGGAAAAGAGGGUGCAGCCAGAGUUGGUGUAUGCUGCAACCAUGGAGGACAAGGAAAAACAAGCUAUGAUCCAUCACUGUUGGAGGACAAGGAAAAACAAGCUAUGA